AUGCUCAAAUUUAUAGAUAAUAAACUCCCGACGGAUACGGGAAUGGACUUCAACGUUUGGAAAUGGACGAUGCCUGAAUUAUAUGGUAUCUUACUUGGAAUGUUGGUCAAACUCGACCUUGUCGGUACACUAAACAUUCGAAAAUCCGAAAUGUUGGAUUUCAUAAUCGAUGUCGAAAAAGGAUAUAAUAAUACUUCUUACCAUUCCUUCUUACAUGCAGUCGACGUGGUCGUGGUUUUAUACUAUAUGUUGACGGAUUUAGGCGCUGCAAAGUACAUAACAUCUUUGGAUGCUAUUUGCCUGCUCAUUGCUGGGCUUUGUCAUGACAUCGGCCACCCCGGUUUGAACAACGUGUAUCAAGUUAAUGCCCGAACGGGCUUGGCCGCCAGAUAUAAUGAUCAAUCGGUCCUCGAGAAUUAUUCUUGUGACCUGACUAUGGAAAUAAUAACAAAACACAAAAUCUUUCGUCACGUACACAAUUGUGAUAAUGAAUAUUUGGGUUGUGAUCCCAAAGAGGUUGACACUUCCUUGAAAAAUUUAAUAACAAAAACAAUUUUGGCUACCGAUAUGAUGUUCCAUUUUGAUUUAUUAGAAUCUUUACAUAACAUGAUAGGAGCUACAAGUUCUUCUUCUUCAUGUUUUUCCGAAGAAUCCGGUGAAGAGAUGGAUAAUAGUUAUCCUUCAUCUUUGGCGUCUUCAUUAUCUUCGUUAUCCUCAUUAUCAUCAUCUCCCGUUUCGAUGUCCCCCCCUAAACAAAGCCCCAUUUCUGAUAAUACAAGCGUCGAGUACGUAGAUAUUACUAGAUCGUCUUCGAGAUCAUCCACCUCUUCGAUGAUCGUCACCUUAGAUUCGGAUCAACGUGAAUUGUUAUUAAAGGUCUUGAUUCAUGCCGCUGACCUCAGUAAUACCGUUCGUCCAUGGGAAAUUUCUAAACUCUGGUCGGAUCGUGUUGUUGACGAAUUUUUCCGUCAAGGGGAUCUCGAGAAAGAGAAUAAUCUCCCGGUUUCUCCAAACAUGGAUCGAGAGCAAUCUCAUCAGUGUCAAAUAAGUUUAGGCUUCGGUGAUUUCGUUGUCAGACCUUACUUUGAAACCUUUGCCGAAUUCCUUAGCCCUGCCACGAUCUUUUUGGAAAUCUUGGCUAAUAAUCGUGUGUGUUGGGAUGAUAUGAAAAAUGCUCCACCACCAAAGAUCACUCCCCCUGAUAUUCAAACCACGGAUUAUUCCGAUGAAUCCUUAUCUCCGGAUUACGCUGUGAACUCAUCCAAAGGUCAGCGUCGCGUCAGUUUGGCGGCUGGUCUGGUGAUCAUCCCAGAAGACAUACAGGAGAAGUUGCGAUUGAUGACCUCCCCACGUUCGCCUCGACAUCGAAGAUUAAAAAGGAGUCUUUCGGGUCGUUCUUAUAGUCAUCAUUCAUUUCUUCCUACCCGAAGUUCUUUUACGCAAGAUGAUUAUGAUGAUGAUUAUCGGAAAUCAAGGCGGAAAUCAACUGGACCGGACGCUAUCCUGGAUUCUGGUGGUGGUGACACUUCAAAUCUUCUACCAAUUUCACAUAUUCCGACAGAACUUUCGUCUCCUGCAUUGUCAAGCGUCACAUCUUAUUCAUCAUCGCCAAUGACUUAUAGUCUGUCCAAUACUAAAUCAGCAUGUAGCCAUCAUCAAAGACGAAUACAUGGCCGCGUGAGACGUAGCAGCUCGUUGGAUCAUAAUAUGAUUCGACAAAUUACUACAUUAUACGGUUCUGGUGAUUCGCCAACUUCUGAGCAUAGUAGGGUUGUUAUGGCAGGAAGUUAA